AUGACAGAAAAGGCAGAAAAUUCUCAAAUAUUGAGCGCAGAGCCUACGGCGCAGCGCAAAGAAAUCAUUUUAAAUGCAUUCGUGAUGAACACUCCAGGUCAUCUAGCACCAGGUCUGUGGAAACACCCGCGGAACAAGACCGACCAAUACAAGAAACUGUCAUUCUGGACUGAUCUGGCCCAGCUUCUAGAUGAAGCCGGCUUCCAUGCCAUGUUCAUCGCAGACACCUUGGGGCCGUACGACGUCUACAAGGGCCCCGCAAAUGUCACUCCCGCGUUGGCCUCUGGGGCACAAUUUCCCGUCAACGACCCACUAUACCUUGUCCCCGCGAUGGCAGCAGUCACAAAGAACAUCAUAUUUGGAGUCACCGCAAGUCUCACGUACGAGAAGCCGUAUGCUCUCGCUCGGAGACUUUCGACGGUGGACCAUCUCAGCGAAGGUCGGGUGGCAUGGAACAUCGUCACCUCAUACCUCGACAGUGCGGCGCGGAAUCACGGUCUGAAAGAACAGAUUCCCCACGAUGAGCGGUAUGCGAUUGGUCAUGAGUACAUGGAAGUUUUGUACAAGCUUUGGGAGGGCAGUUUUCGAGAUGGAGCUGUGGUCGCAGAUCGAGAGACUGGGGUGUAUAUUCAACCAGAUGGUGUGCUGGAAAUCAAUCACCGAGGCAAAUAUUUUGAUGUCCCCGGCCCGCACUUCUGCGAGCCCUCGCCGCAGCGUACACCGUUUCUGUUCCAGGCUGGUGUUUCGGAAGCGGGGAAUGGAUUUGGAGGGAAGCAUGGCGAGGCGAUCUUUAUCGGGGGACAGACGCCUGAAAUUACGAGCGCGACGGUGAGAAAUAUUCGGGGGAUUGCUGAGCAGGAAGGACGGCUUCCGGCACACAUAAAUAUUAUUGUGGGGAUUAAUGUGAUUGUUGCGGCGACGGAUGAAGAGGCACAGCGGAAGCGAGAUGAGUAUCUUCAGUACGCGGAUGAAGAGGGUGCACUUGCUUUGUUUGGAGGCUGGACUGGAGUUGACUUGUCUGGGCACCCUGAUGAUGAAGAUUUUCGAUUCAGCGAGUCACCGAGAGUACAGUCUAUCGUACGACGGUGGUCUGGUACAGUCCCAGGAACCGAGAAUCUGCCAUGGACGAAAAGACGAAUUGUCGAGUACAUCAGUGUGGGAGGGCUUCAGGCUAAGAUUGUUGGUAGUCCUAUCAGUGUUGCAGAUGAGUUAGAAAGAUGGGUGAAUGUAGCUGGAGUGGAUGGGUUCAACCUUGCUCACAUAACGAAUCCUGGGACGUUUGAAGAUAUCGUUGAGUUUUUGCUCCCCGAGCUGCGGCGGCGAGGACUUUUUCGCAGUAAAGUCGAGAAAGAAGGCGCCACUGCCCGUGAGGUCUUUAUUGGGUCAAAGCGUCUGCCGGAAGAUCAUCCAGGAAGCAAAUUCAAGUGGCAUGCAGGAGAGGAGAGGCCCGUAUAUCAGUUUAAGGAGAACAGCAAUAGUGCAAGUCAGAUUAUUGGAAGUGAAUAA